UGCGGAAAGCGCGGGUAGGCCCCGCCCCCGGAGAAGAGGGACCGGUGCGGCGCUUCCGGGACCCCCCCAGCGGCAGCCAGUACGGAUAACCUCCGGCACCUCUUGGGGAAUCUAAGACGUGAGGCUGGAAGCGCCACUACCUACGGAGCCCAGAUGCCUGUCCAGCCUCCGAGCAAAGACGCAGAGGAGAUGGAAGCAGAGGGCGACUCGGCUGCUGAGAUGAACGGGGAGGAGGAAGAGAGCGAGGAGGAACGGAGCGGCAGCCCGACCGAGUCCGAGGAGGAGAGCUCAGAGAUGGACGACGAGGACUACGAGCGCCGCCGCAGCGAGUGCGUCAAUGAGAUGCUGGACCUGGAGAAGCAGUUCUCGGAGCUGAAGGAGAAGUUGUUCAGGGAACGGCUGAGUCAGCUGCGGGUGCGGCUGGAGGAGGUGGGAGCUGAGCGGGCGCCCGAGUACACAGAGCCUCUCGGGGGGCUGCAGCGGAGCCUCAAGAUUCGAAUUCAGGUGGCAGGGAUCUACAAGGGCUUCUGCCUGGACGUGAUCAGGAACAAGUACGAGUGCGAGCUGCAGGGGGCCAGGCAGCACCUGGAGAGCGAGAAGCUGCUGCUCUACGACACGCUGCAGGGGGAGCUGCAGGAGCGGAUCCAGAGGCUGGAGGAGGACCGUCAGAGCCUGGACAUCAGCUCUGAGUGGUGGGAUGACAAGCUGCACGCCCGAGGCAGCUCGAAGACCUGGGACUCCCUGCCGCCCAGCAAGAGGAAGAAGGCCCCUCUCGUGUCUGGCCCUUAUAUCGUGUACAUGCUGCAGGAGAUCGACAUCCUGGAAGACUGGACAGCGAUCAAAAAGGCGAGGGCAGCUGUGUCCCCUCAGAAGAGAAAAUCAGAUGGACCUUGACCCUGCUGUUCCCAGGCAAGGGGCCCCUUGGAGCAGCUGGCACCAAAUCCAGGAUCUGAGUUUCCUGCUGCAGAAAAGCAGGCUGACAGGCCCCGCAGGAUCUGCCCCGGAGGCUCACCCGCGCUGCUGCUCUGCCCUUCCCUCCAGCCAUCACUGGCUUGGACUCCUCCUGGGGGCCUGUGCAGCUUGGCCUGGGGCUGCCCUCGCCAGGCAAGACUGUCUCCCCCUCCCCAUCCGGCCCACCUUCUCCCCCUUCAGAAGGUCAGCCUCCUCGGUGCCCUCUCUGACGAAGACACGCCUCGUCUUAAGCCAGAGCAGCGGCCAAAGCAACAUCUUUUCUGCUGCACUGGGACCCGGCUCCCCAGUCACUGAAGUCAGUGAGCUGAGUCCAGCUUCACAGGAACUCUGAGCCAGAAAUUGUACUUGGGGGGCCUGUGUGUCUUGGCUGUUGCCGGAGGUGAGAAGGCAGGCUCUCCAGGUCGUCCUCUCAAGGCUGCUCGUGGUGUCUGCCUCCCGGAUUUCAGGGACUGGAAUUAAAACCUUUCCUGGGACUCUGA